AUGUCGGCCCAACAAUACGGAGCUCGUCUCCUCGAAGAGAUACAGGAAGAGAGCCUCGAGCAGUUCCUAGCGGAGCUCAGAUGUGCGAUAGACCCUCAACCACGAUCUAUUCUGGGCGUUCCACAGCUGGACAGUCUACUGGAAUCACUCCGCUACCCAACAACCCAGGACAGCCCUCAUCGUCGAGCAUGGCCAUCCUCGCCAGGAACAACAUCUCCUGCCGUCGAAGAGGAAGAUCAGGAUGACGACGAGGUGUCUCCUCGAGGGCCUCCACCACGAGCACCUCCAGACAAACCCAAGCCUGCCACGAUCGAACUCACCAGCGUCAAAUCUGCCUCCGGGAAAACGUCUCUGCUCUCCCAUCUCUGCGCCGUAUCGGUGCUCCCGAGAGAUAGGGGUGGCAAGGAAUCGACCGUCGUGUACAUCGACGCCGACGGCCGGUUUUCGCCCACCCGGCUAGCGCAGAUGAUGAACCACUGCCUCCAAACUCACCACCAGUCGAGCGAAGCUCCCCAGCCUCCCCUGACAGACUUGGACGCCCUCCAAGAAACCAUCCGCUCCUCCCUCGACCACGUACACGUUUUCCGGCCCCAGUCUUCGGCGCAGAUGACGGCCGUCCUCGCGUCUCUCCACACGUACCUCUUGAACAGGUCGCGGCAUCACUCCAUACUUCGCCCUCUCAGCUUGAUCGUGAUCGACUCGGCGACCGCGUUCUACUGGCAGGACCGGUCCGACCAGGCCCUGGCGAAGCUCGAGUCCCUGGGGACAGCGCCCGGCGGAGGACCAUCACGCGCUGCAGAGUUGAUUGAGAAGCUCAAGGCCCUGCAGGAGCGGUUCGGUUGUGCCGUGCUCGCCAGCACGACCUCCCCUUCCACUUCAUCUUCUCCGCCAUUUCCCUCACCUUCAACACGGACGCUGAACGACGAGACGACGACGACGGCGACCACCACCACCACGUCCGCCUCGACCGCGCCGGCGCCCUCGGAUCGGGACAUUCGCCUCGUCUCUCCCUGGACGUCGUAUGCCACGCUCUCCCUCACCCUCGCGAGGUUGCCCGUCGCGCAGUUCCCAGCCCAGAUGGACAUGGAGGCGUGCUUGAGGGACCGGGACAAGCGUCUCGAGGCGGUGCGGAAGGGGAGGUUUGUUGCGACUCUCGUCCCCAGCGGAGCGGCAGCACUUGUGGGGGCCGACGGCGAGAGGGGGAAAGGGAAAGGGAAAGGCGUGCUGAGGUUUCGGAUCACCAAAGACGGCGUCGAAUUCGAGUGA